CCAAAUUAUAUCACUUAUCAAUACAGUUUAUUUUUACUUUGAAUAAACCUUUUAGACUAGCAGAAAAAAGAACCUAUGUCAGUUCGGAUGUCUUAAACAACUUAAUAAAGCAGAAUAUUUGGAUAAGCUGAUACAGAAAGACCUUGGGUGUCAUCCUCUAAAGUACAGUAAACACCAGCUCCUUGUUUUCAUGGGGUCAGUUUCACUUGAUAAUUGUCCGGUUUGUAUCAAGGUGUCAACUUUUAAAACAACAGCUUUAACUAAUACAUAUGAUUUCGGAAAUAACUACAUUAGGCAUCACGUGCAGAGAGCAACCUCAAGACUUUUGAUAAAACGCAAAGAGUAUGAGGCAUAUGAAAAUAAAAUUCGUAAUCACAGCCAGUAUAUCUUGUUAAGGGAUAGUUACUACGUUUACUUGUAAUUCCAUUUUAUAACCAUAUCAGUAGUCGUACAUAACUUACUUGUCUAUACUAUCUUAUGUAAGUUUUAAUUCCGGAGCAGUGAUUACCAUACACCUUUUAGUAUUCUUAUGCUUCUAGUCUUAACAAUCAGAUAAAGAGAGCGAGAAAAGGUUGUUGUAAGUGUCACUCACUUGCUUGUAUUUUCAAAACUGAUUUUUUCCUACAGGACGCCAUGAUACCCAAUGCUAGUAUAUGUACGACUGAAUGCACUCAACCUACAUCUGAUUGGACAAAUGAUCCGUCUUGGAUUAUGAAUAUGCAGGCAUUUUCCACAGAUAAAUCUCAUCGGUCAUCUAAUAAUUCAUCACAAAAUGUAUCCAAAUUAGAAGUUUUAUCUAUGAUGAGAGAUGCAAAACGACGUCGUCAAAGCUAUAGAGGAAUACAUACUGCAAGAAAAUCUUAUACUGAAGUAUUACGUGAAAUUAUAGCGCAACAAACUGAAAUGUUGACAGCCAGUCAAGGAUUGUCGGCACAACAAUCUGAAGAUAGAAGAUCUAGUAGUGUAGAAUCACUUUCAAAUCAAACUGAAAAUAUUCAUAAAAGAAGUCACUAUUCACACAAAUCCAAAACAUUGGAUACUUCACGAAUACAACACUAUUCUUCCUCCGAUUCUCCAUUGUCCUCAACAACUCGACCAUACAAUGAAACUUGUAGAAAUACAUCCAAAUCAACUUUAAAGCAUACACAUCAUCAAUCAUCGAAAUGGAAUGAUAGAAGACAAUCAUCAUCACCAUCAUCUAAACAUUGGACUUCUAGUUCAGAGGUGAACAAAGAUUUUCAUCAUGAUCAUGAUGUUGUUUCUCCAGUGCAUAAAAAGUUGAAAAAACACAAAAAACAUUCUAAACAUAAACAUAAGCAUAAAAGUAAGAAGUAAACAUUCCAGUUCUAGUUUUCAUUGUUCUAAACAGAACGAAAUUCAAUGAUAAAUAUCCAUUUGAUAUGAUGCCUAAAACUGAUAGCCAAACAAUUAAUUCUUGAUUUUAAUUUGUUAUUAUAUUGAUUGUUUGAAUCGUUCCGUUAAUGUUUAAGACUGCAAUUGAUCAAUCUAUUAAUGGUAUAUGUAUAUCCUAUGCGGAUUGUCACAAUAUUGCCAGUAAGUUACAAGAAUUUAAAGGAGAAAUGGAUGGUAACUAGCUGUGGAAUCAAUGAUGCUUAUCGUUCCAUCCUAUUUGGAACUUGUCAAAUGGAUGUCCCUGUAUUCCAAAGUUCAUAUUCACUCCUGAACUCGAAUUCAGUACCUUUCGCUUCAAAAUUCAUAAAAGUAAUUGAAGUUUAGGACUGCAAUUGAUCAGUUUCUUUUUAUAUAUAUGCAUCCUGAGUGGAUUACCUCGAUAUUGACUUAACUCUCUCAGAGUGAAUAUCAAUUCUAGGAUUCAGGUGUAUCCAGAUGACGAGUUCCAAAUAGGCCGAAAUGCGCGUUCUGGAUUCUUCUGUUAGCUACCAUCUAAUCGUUUUGUUUAACCACCUUUGACAAUUUCAUCAUAUUCAUUGUAUAUUCAUAUUCUAUUAAAUAAACAUAUUAUUUUCUUACAUAAAAUAUUCUAUUCACAUCUAUCAAGUGGUCUUGUCUUCGACUUCCACUUAUUCUAUUGUAGGACUAUAUAUUAAAAAUACAGUUUUGUGAAUAUCCAUCACUUAGUCAUAUUGUAGCAUUGUGUUCUUUCAUCAAUUACUAUUCGAUUGAUUAAUCUUAACAAUUAAGAUUUCAUCAUAUUAUUACCAUUAAAAUCGUCUCUCAGAA